CUUCAUAUCCUUGUCGCUUCGGCCUCGCCCUCGUGGGGUGACUAAACUGACCCUCGUCGGCUCUUUUUUUUUGCUGCUCAUUCUCUCUCGUUUUCCCAACUUCUUACCCCUUCCUUCAUUCCCUCUCCCUUCGCCUUCCCCCAACCUCUUCUGCUCUAUCUGUCGGUCAAUCGUCCGUGGCCAUGCGGUUUGGCAAAACCCUGAAGAAGUCUAUCUACGCCCCGUGGACUGGGAAAUACGUUGACUACCACCGACUAAAAGUCCUCUUGAAGGAACAUGAUGUCACCGGAGACGGAAGUGACUCGGAGAGUAGCCAAUGGACCGAACAGGAUGAGGAAGCCUUCGUGCAGGAACUGAUCAACGUCCAGCUGGAUAAGGUCAACGCUUUUCAGGUGGAGACCUCUCAGCAAUUGAGGGAGCGCACCUCAAAGUGCGAAGCGAAGUUGCGACCGUUGGCAUCCGACACCGACCAGGAGGCACCCGCCAUUGCGGACGAGACCCAGCGGCGCUCUCUUGCCUCUGAGGUCCUCCAAGAACUAGAUGGGAUCACGAGGGAAGUGAGCGAGCUGGAGAAAUAUAGUCGCAUUAACUUCACCGGGUUUCUCAAGGCCGCCAAAAAGCACGAUCGCAAGCGGGGGGCUCGGUACCGGGUUCGACCUCUGCUGCAAGUACGUCUGUCACAGCUGCCGUUUAAUUCGGAGGACUACUCCCCUCUGGUCCGUCGGCUGUCGGUAAUGUACUCUUUUGUACGUGAAAUUCUCAGUCAAAGUGAUGCCGAGACCAGGGAUCCCGAAGCGCCGCGUUUCGGUCAGGAAUCAUACUCGUCAUUCAAAUUCUGGGUGCAUCCCGAUAACGUCCUGGAGGUGAAGACCUUCAUCCUUCGGCGAUUGCCGGUGCUCAUCUACAAUCCGGGAACGUCCAAGGACCCGGAGACGCUUCCUGACGACCCUACGAUCACAUCCCUCUAUUUCGACGACCCGCAGUUCGAUCUCUAUACGCAGAAGGUUGCCCGGGCACCCGAAGCUGGCUCUCUCAGGCUCCGAUGGACUGGAAACCUGAAAGAUAAGCCGGCGAUAUUCUUGGAAAAGAAGGUCGUUAUGGACGAUGAUCGCAGCCGGGAGGUCCGGGUGCAGUUGAAGCAAAAGCAUGUAAAGGAAUUCCUGGAUGGGGAGUAUCGGUUCGACAAAAAGGUUCACCGUAUGGAGGACAAGGACAACGGUGAAACAGGGGAAGCCGAGUCGUUCAAAAAGGAUGUCAGCGAGCUGCAGUCGUUCGUCAAGGAACACAAUCUGCAACCGAUGCUCCGGGCCAACUACACGCGAACGGCAUUCCAGAUCCCGGGCGACGAUCGAAUUCGUAUCUCUCUUGACACCAACCUGGCAUUGAUCAGGGAGGACAGCCUCGAUGUUGAGCGUCCCUGUCGGGAUAGCCAUGAAUGGCACCGCACGGAAAUCGAUGAUGCCGGCAUGGAAUAUCCUUUCGAUGCCAUUCGAACCGGAGAAAUCGUUCGCUUUCCCUACGCUCUGCUGGAGAUCAAGCUCAGGGGACCAACGGCACAUAAAGCGGAGUGGGUGAACGACCUCAUGGUCUCGCACCUGGUGAAGGAGGCCCCUCGUUUCUCCAAGUUUGUCCACGGCGUUGCCCAGCUCUUUGAGGAUUAUGUGAACAGCUUCCCCUUCUGGCUGGGUGAGAUGGAGAGCGACAUCCGGCGGGAUCCCGAAACUGCGUGGCACGAGGAACAAGAGCGACUUGCGAAACGCGCCGAAGAAGAGAUGGCAGUUGGCAGCUUCCUGGGGAACAAGGCGAGUCCGACGGUCAAGCCCAUGGUCGGAUCUCCCGUAACGCGGAUCUCAGACAUGGAGCCUUCCUCGCGAGCGCGGCAGACCUCGCACAUCACGGCAUCGGGCCCGGAGGAGCGCGAGCAGCCCCAGCCCCAGCCCCAGCCUCAGGAGCCCGAACCUGACCAGCAGGAUUCAAAGCCCAUGAAUCUGUCUCGCCUGGCCUCGCUCUUCCCCAAUUUCCCGCUUUCCCGUUCCCGUCGUCCACAGGACACACCGGCGCCCCUGCCGCCCGGUGUCCGGGAUCCGGGAACGUGGAUCAAGGAUUCCGGUCCCGUGCGUGUGGAGAGCAAGGUGUGGCUGGCUAACCAGCGUACGUUCAUCAAGUGGCUUCAUAUCAGUAUUCUGCUCUCCUCGUUAUCUCUAGGAUUGUACAACGCCGCGGGAAAGCACAACGACAUCGCCCGCGCCCUAUCCAUUGUCUAUACUGGCUUUGCCAUCUUCUCCGCCGCCUGGGGCUGGUAUAUGUAUGAGAAGCGAGCCCGACUGAUCCGGCAGCGAAGUGGACGCGAUCUCGACAACACGUUCGGUCCGAUCGUGGUGUGUAUCGGAUUGGCAGUGGCUCUGGUGCUGAACUUUGCCUUCAAGUAUUCUUCUACACUCGAGAAGAUUAGGAGUCAGGAGUCUCCCCUUGACAUGGCUCCAGUCGAGACCCCGGGCACUUGGCCCCUAGUUAACCAAGGAGGCCAGGCGCUCUAAAAAUGAAAAGAAUCAGAUACCGCCCCCGCAUGGAUGAUGAAUAUGUACAACUUGUAUCAACGAACGCCCUCCAGUAUGAAAAUGAUCAGCGUGUAUUCUUCUGAGUUUUCCACCCACCAACCUUUGAUUAUCAUCUUUAUUUUCUUUUUCUGAGAACGCAUGCCCCGGUACGUUACCGGUCAGACUGGAUUUCAAUUAAAUGCGUUUCCCGGGGGAAUUACUGUUUUUGUGCUUUGAUCUGGAUGCCCUUGCAGAAUGACUACAUGGAGGGAGGGCUUUUCUAACCCAACCCGUCGAUUGCGACUGCGGGAUUCAAUUCUUCUGUCAAAAGUUUGUCUUUUCUUGUAUAUAUACACAUACCUACAGAAGAAGGUAGUUGGGUCAUGACGCGUAUACAGGC